GCAAGGGUUUGAUGUCACAGUGCCCGGCGUCAGCAGGACGCCAAAGGAACGCGGCACUCGAGGGGCAGACACCAAGGCAGGCACCACGUCACAGCAGACCCAGAUCCCAUGAGCUGGUAAAGUCAGACUGCAAGAAAUCCACGUGGAAGCAGUGAAGCUCAGCUGUUUGGCUGAUCAAAACCGGUUGGCUCUGUAAAGUCUGGCUGUUGGCAUGUGCAGAACAUAUUAGGCGCUGAAGCGGACCAGGCGCCGGGGGCCGGGCCGGAGGCGGUGCUGGCAGCCGGGCCGAGCACAGCAGCAUGUCGCCGCUCCGCGUCUGCAUCGUGGGCUCGGGGAACUGGGGAUCAGCCAUAGCAAGAAUCAUUGGCAAAAAUGUCGAGAAGUCCAACAGAUUUGAUCCUACUGUCAAGAUGUGGGUGUUUGAAGAGAUCGUCAAUGGAAGAAAACUCUCAGAAAUAAUCAACAAGGAACAUGAAAAUGUUAAGUAUCUCCCUGGAUACAAGAUGCCUAACAACGUGGUGGCUGUACCAGAUGUGGCUGAAGCAGUGAAAGGAACAGACAUCUUAGUGUUUGUCCUACCACAUCAGUUCAUCGGACGAGUCUGUGAGCAGAUGGCAGGUCACAUCAAGCCUGGAGCAUUCGGGAUUUCACUCAUCAAGGGGAUCGAUGAGGGUCCUGAAGGCCUGAAGCUCAUAUCCGACCUCAUUCGGGAGAAACUGAAAAUAGAAAUCAGCGUGCUGAUGGGGGCCAACAUAGCCAAAGAAGUGGCUGAUGAGAAGUUCUGUGAAACCACCAUUGGGUGCAAAAAUGAAAGCCAAGGGCAGAUCUUCAAGGAAUUACUGCAGACUCCCAACUUCAGGAUUACCGUGGUGCCUGACUCUGAUACGGUGGAGAUCUGUGGAGCCUUAAAAAACAUCGUGGCAGUAGGAGCGGGGUUCUGCGACGGACUGGGUUUUGGCGACAACACGAAGGCAGCAGUGAUCCGUUUAGGCCUUAUGGAAAUGGUGGCCUUUGCCCAGAUCUUCUGCAGGGGGCCGGUGUCGAUAUCCACUUUCCUGGAAAGCUGUGGGGUUGCUGACCUAAUCACUACCUGCUACGGAGGACGCAACAGAAAAGUAGCGGAGGCCUUUGCUCGCACAGGAAAAUCCAUCGAGGAACUGGAAAAAGAGAUGCUGAACGGACAAAAACUACAAGGUCCUCAGACAUCAGCCGAAGUCUACAAGAUUCUGAAAGAGAAAAAUAUGCUUGAUAAGUUUCCAUUGUUCAUAACCAUCUACAAGAUCUGCUACGAGGGCAAAUCGAUCCAGAAUUUCAUCGCGUGCCUGCAGAACCACCCACAGCACCUUUAGGAAUUGGCUCUCCCCCCCAGCUGUGUUCUCAUCUUUUCAGGACUUGAUCCACUCCACAGCAAAUAAAGUAGACAAAUAGAUUGCGUGGCAACGCUUGCUGUAAGAGCAACACAGAAUGUAUUUCGGGAUCCUCGUUCCGGGGAUGAAAAUCUGCCUUUCAACCUCAUAUCCGAUGAACAGGAAAAUGUAAAAAUCUGUCUUUGCUUUGAGAUAGCAGUUUGAGCAUUUGAUUGCAGUUACUUUUGUGUUGAUUGAAAACAGUGCCCCUCGUAAUUUGCACAACAGGGGUUUAAUUUAGCUCACGGGGCCCUCAGCACUUUGCUUUCUAAUAUUCGUUACAGAACGGCACAAGAUGCAGAAAGGUUGAAGAAUGCAUCAAAGCAGGAAUUACAGUUAAAAGGUCCUGCAGCAACAAGAUGCAGACACGUCGGCAAACAUGGGAUUCAUAGCUCCUCCCAACCACGAACAGCGUCACAUUUUGUGUUUCGUGACCUUUAGACCUCCCCUGAACAUUUCCCAAUGUAAGCCACUGUGGAAAAACAGGUAUUGCUGCUGUGCUGAGACACACAUGAAUGUCCAGCGGAUAUACAAAGAGAACAAUGUCAGGGGCUGGGGGAGGAAAGAAGGGCCUUGUUUAUUCAGGACGCACUGAACCUUCAGUAGAAAUCUGAUUUCCUUACACCUACCGUAUUGCUGAAAUACAGAAUAACAGAAGGGGAACGACCAAGAACAUUCAUGUGAGCGUUAGCACUUCUGAGCAAGUGUUACCCACCAGUAUUUGUGCUGCCUGGGAGGGGAAAGCUGAAGAAGAGACUGAGAGCCGGGAUGCACGCACAGCUCAGCCCGCGGGCUCAGCGCUGUUUAACCCGAGGAUGCAGAAGCAGCACCACAACGCUCUGCGUUCCCCGGCUUUGCAGACAGGCACAAAAACGACCGCUACAGACGCACAGAAUCCCUUAUCCCAUCGGAUCCGGAACUGGGCCGCAUUUCAGCUGCACCAGGAAACCCGCAGGACCGGCACGACUGAACCGCGGACUAGGCCGCAGCGAUGCCCUGACCCCGCUGCGGAGCGGGCAGUGCUCCUGGAGGGAGGCAGCUCUCUCUGCUUCUGUUUUUACACGCACCGACUGGUUCUCAAACCAGUUUUUAAUUCUGCAACCAACGGCAUUCAUUUUAGAAGCAUCCGAGUUUUUAAACCUUACAACUGUAUCGGGUAACGUUCGCUCUGAAAAACGUCAGCUGGGUAAAAGGCCAGCGGUGAAAUAAAGAGCAUCACAUUUUCUAAGCAUCCAUGCCCUUUUGGAAAGAUUCCUAUCUAGAGAGGAGAGCAAAAAGGAAGAGUAACCUACUUUCGCUUUGCUUUAUCCGAUUUUCCAGAAGAGCAAUGCAAUGCAAGGGGCUUUUAAAAUCUGUAUUCAAAUGACAAAUUGUUUUGAAAAUUAAACCCCAAAAAGGCUCGGUUAUUAAAUCCUCUCCACGCUAUACUCCAGAGGAACGUUACUGCCUUCCACAUUUAUCGGAUUUAUGUAGAAUUGUGUACCAAAUAUAAAAAUAAAUAAUUUAAAAAUAA